AUGUCGUUAGAUCCCAUCGAAUUAGAAUGUAGACUUGAAAUUUUAAAUUCACACAGCGAAAAGCUAAUGACGUGUCAAUCAAGAAUAGAAGAAAUUGAUGAGGAAGAUUUGGCCCGUGGAGAAUUGGAGGACAUAGUUGUAGAAACGAAGUCCAUGAUUAAGUCCAUUCUCGCAAAUAAUAAAUCUUCUGUUGCCGAAUCGUCAUUUAUUGCACCUCACAGCUCGCGACUCCCUAAGAUGUCGGUGCCCAAAUUUAAAGGGGAAUAUUCGGAAUUUAAGAAUUUCAUGAGCUUGUUUGAGAGUUUAGUGCACAACGAUCCUACGAUACCGGAUAUCGAAAAAUUUAAUCAUUUAGUGUCAUGUUUAUCCGGUGAAGCAUUCGGCACAGUGAAGUCCUUCCAAAUGUCGGAAGAGAACUACCCAAAGGCGUUGGCCAGUUUAAAGAGAGUAUAUGACAAUAAAUAUCUUAUAUUUUUCAAUACAGUUUCUAGACUCUUUGAUCUUACUAAAAUUCAAAAACCUUCUGCUUCAUAUUUGCGAUCGAUAAUCGACACAGUGUCCGCGGUGUAUGACUCGCUUUUGUCUCUGGGUGAUGACAAACAUAUUUCAAAUGCGAUGUUAAUUCACAUAGUCAUGUCGAAGGUUGAUCCCACUACUCGGUCAAAGUGGGAGGAGCAGCUGGACUAUGAUAAAUUGCCGCUUUAG